UGUGGCGGUUUUCCUACUAGGCAGGGGGCGUGGCUUGAUGACUCAUUUUGAUGAUACUAUUUCCAGGUAGUGUGGCUGGCUAGAGAGUGGCAUCUAUUUCUGAAGACAGCAUCUCCGGAUCUGCUGCUCUUCAUUGCUUCACACCACCUAUACUUCGUAGACUUUUGGCCAGUCACCAGGGUCCAGACCUCAGGACAAAACCCUGGGGUGGAUGCUCUAGACAUGGCUCUCCAUGAUAAAUGGGGCAUCUGUCACCAAUGAGGAUCAUGGUGACGGGAAGCUGCUGGAGGGGACAACUGUCAAGAAACUCCUUCCACUCAGCUGAGCUGAGCCUUGGCUCAUGGAAGCGGCACUAUUCUGAGGUGUACUUCUGUUGGAGGAGUGUCUUGUGGGGGUGCCAUUCUCCACCUGAAAAGGUAGAGGACAUGGCAGAAGAAUUAUCAUGGAGGGAUCUCAGCGAUGACAAUUUACAACCAGAAUCCAUAAAACUAGGAUCAAGAUGGUCCAUCUCCACCCUGGUAAAAACUAUGUGUUCCCUUAGCCACAUGACAGAGAACAACUUUGAAAUUCCUGGAACAAAGAGACUUUUUGAGACCCUCGCAGAAAAUGACAUACUGUAUGAGAGAAAAAUUACUUAUGUCAUUGGACAAAUGGAAAAUCAUCCAAAGAUUUCCUCCACCAAGAGAUUUGCACAUCGUCUCAUCCUCCCUCCCUUUCCCUUAAAGAGGAGAUGGAGUGAGCUGGCUCUGCCGACGUUUGUGACAACAGAAGAAGGCAACCAAGGGCAGGAGGGUGAUGGUGUGAAGGCAUUAGACACAUCUAAGGAGACAUCUGCCUCACUGGGUGUAACAUCAGAGAGGACACAUGUGGAGGCUGAGACUGGCAGUACCGUCACUUUCAGUCACACAACGCUGGAUGUCUUGUACUUCCUAGAGGACACCAUGUGCCAGAAGUACCAUGGACCGCCAGAUGAUGCUGGCAUUAUGGAGGAAACCACCAAUAUGGAUUUGAAUGACAAUAUUAGCCAGACGACAAGUGAUCUCAUGUUCACUGUUUCCCCUCCACAGCAUGGGAGCAGCCAAUAUGAAACAGUCAAAGACUUAAUAAGUAGGGAAUCACCGUCUACAUCUACCAAUGAACAGCCCCAGGAGGUACCCAUAGCCUCCAACAGGCACACAAGAAGGGGCUGGAAGGGCCUGAGGAGGCAGGCUCGGAACCUAUUUCGAAGGUUAUGUUUCUGUCUUCCCACCCCAAGGAGAGGAGGCACGGCAUCCAGGGCUGAAGAUGAGGCCCAGGCCCGUGGUUCCUAAACCACAGGUCUGUGUUCGGCCUGGUGGGGCAUAACAGCCAUAGGAGGGAACCAGGCCAGAACGAGAAAGGAGGAGGUUUGCCCCAAACCUCUUGUUAGCUGCCAGACACUGCCAGCAACCAGGGCACAAGCUCUGUAACCCUCCUCUCCUGCAGAGUAUGAGGCUUAACUUAACUGGCCCCAAGCACUAGUGGCUGGACAGAGAAGCCAGCCACAGAAUCAUCUGGUGAUGGAGAGGCAUCCAUCCUGCUCCACAGUCCACAUGGAGAAAAGUGGUAAAGAGGCACAGAAUGAGGAGGGGAGAAGAGGAGGCAAGUGGGAGAUGUCAAGAGAGAAAAGCACUAAGAGCAGGAGGAGGAAAUGGCAUGAAGCAGGAUGAGGAGGAGGCGACUUGUCCAGAGGAAAUUCCAGUCAGGCAGCAGGAAAGUAAGGGAUGAAUGUGUGGCAUGGCGAAAGGGGCCAAGCCAAGCAGGAGAAGGAGCAAAAUUCCCCUCAAGAGGAGAGUUGGGGCUCAUAGGGCACAAGACAUGGUCUUCUCCUCUUGUGUACCCUAUGCUCUUGUCCUGGGGUAUUCAGGCAGCGUGUGGCUGUAGAGAAGAGAAGCCACAUGGUUCCCAGGAGCCUCUUCCUCUUUCUGCUGGACCCUGUCUUGGAUUGAUCUGGUGACAUCUGUGUCUUUGUCUUCACUGCCUUCUUCCUUAAGGGCCAAGGUGCUUGCUAUCCACCCAUCCAAAGACUACUCAAACUAAUAAAUUUCAUGUCCCAUGGGGGAUUCCUUGAAUUUGUGAAUAGGUGAGCAGUGCUUAACAGGGCUGUGGAACAUCACUGCCCAGACAAGGCCAGAAAACUUGGGAAUUCUUUAAGCCCAGUGCCACCUUCAGGGUUAGGACUAGAAGGAAACCUAAUUGUCAAGACACUGUAGAUGACAGCUGGUGGUGUGGUCUAGAGCCUUGCUGAGUGGUCUGUCUGCAGUCUUCUCCUGCCCACCUUUCACAUAGGGAACAUCUUCUUGAGUCACCAAAGGGCACCCCAGCUGACAGAGGGUUGCAGGAGUCUAAUCUUCCAGGAUCAUUCGGUAUAGUAAAUUUGUGUCCACUGUGUUUCUCCUUGUGGUGGAAGAUGAGUUUCUACAUCCUGGUCUUGAUGUACAUCAACCAUCCCUACUGAGUUCCUUUCUCGGCAGAGGUUGAUGACCAUGGUCAAUGGGAGUAUGGUCCUUUGUGACACCUUAUCAGUUUGUCUGGAAUCCACUUCAUUGGACACAUCUUGUACCUGUAGCCAUGACCAAGUCCUUUAUGCAGCGUGUUCACCCUAGCCCUAGUGACAGUCAUAGUAUAAUGGGUCAACAUUUUCUUCUAAUAGUUCUGCCUUUAUAUGUUACUUGGUCUUU